AUGGGAUCCGAAUCUGAUGAAGAAAUAUCUGCAGCUGUGAGGGAAGUAGAAGAGGCCGCAAAGACACCGCAAAAGAAAGCUAAGUCUACCGCAAGAAAAACUAAGUCAGCGCAGAUAAGUCGCAAACUGAAAGUAAAAGAGACAAGCUUAUAGAGCUAUCUAGGGAUGGUGUAAUAGAGAAGUCCGCAAGUUUUAUAAGAAAGUCCAACAAGGAUGUUGUGGAUAGACUAUACCACGAGUACGAAAGUCAAAGGAUGUCAUGUGCAAGUGACUUCUUAUCAACACUUAUAAUUUCAAAGUUUGCUUCUGUAUUAGGAAGUUUCGGUGCAGUAGCAUCUUCAGAGAAGUUGUCAGAGGAACUACUUAGUGAUAAACUUCUAAAGGAUGACGUAUGUUAUCUAACAAGAAUGAUAUCCCCCAACAUUCCAUUCAUAGGUUUAAUAUCAGGUGGUUGUACAACAGCCAAGCAUGUUGUUGCGCAUAAGUGGAACAAGAAGGAGGAACCUGAGGAAAUAUCUGAGGAAGCUAAACAUAUCUUAUUAAAUACAGAAGAAUGUCAGGAUACGAAUGGGAUAACGCUUGGGAAGGAACUGAAUUUGAAGACAUAA